AUGGACACCUCCAGCACCAAGAGCCUGGCCCUGCAGGCCCAGAAGAAGCUCCUGAGCAAGGUGGCGUCCAGGGCGACGGUGAGCGCGUUCCUGGACGACGCGAGCAGCGAGGUGCUGGACGAGCUGUGCCGCGCCACCAGGGCCUUCACCCGCAGCCGCAAGGAGGCCCAGAAGCUGCUCCGGAACCUGGUCAAGGUGGCCGUGAAGCUGGGCCCGCUGCUCCGCGGCGGCCAGCUGGCCGGGGAGGAGCUGGCGCUGCUGCAGCGCCUCCGCCAGGGGGCGCGCCGGCUGGCCCUGACGGCCGUCAGCUUCCACCAGGUGGACUUCACCUUCGACCGGCGCGUGCUGGCCGCCGCCCUGCUCGAGUGCCGGGACCUGCUGCACCAGGCCGCGGGCCCGCACCUCACCGCCAGGUCCCACGGCCGCAUCGACCACGUCUUCGGCCACCUGGCCGACUGCGACUUCCUGGCGGUGCUCUACGGGCCCGCCGAGCCCUACUGCUCCCACCGGCGCCGCAUCUGCGAGGGGCUCGCCCGGAUGCUGGACGAGGGCAGCAUCUGA